GUGCCGCCCCGUAGAGGGCGGUGUCCGAGUUCUGGUUGAGCCUGUUUGGAUCCGAGUUCGGAAUCUCGGUUCGAGACCCAUUCCCUCGGAUUGUUGCUGCGCAACCUCAGUUUCCUUUCCGAGCACGGGCAAUGUAAAUAAUGAUAGCCUCCCUUAUUUCUGACGGCUGGGGAUUAUGGCUGGGGAAGGGGUUCAUUCGAUUCGUUGAAUCUUUUCAUGGACUCCCUAAGCUGGCACUUCGGAGAUCGUCCCAGUCCAGGGUCCCGAGUUUCAGGUUUGGGCAUGGUGUAGGGGAGACGCGGUACUCUCUUCUCCCCGCGGGGGCGGAGUGAGGAGCGGGCCUGCUUCUGUGGGGAGUUCUGCUGCAUUUUCCCUGUCUCUUUCCUGAGAAGUGGGGGAGUUGAGGGCACUUCGAGGUCGCCUUGGGGCGAGGUGGUCUUGAGUGGAGGUCUCAGAGAUGCCAGGGGCGGGGGAAGGUCAUCCUCAAGAGCGUGCGUGGUGUUGGGUUUCAUCAGAAGCGCGGAGUCUUUCUGGGUUCGAGCCUGGGGGUCGCGAGAGGUGUGAUGGUGGCUUUGAGGAUGGUCUCCCUCAGGGUAGGAGCCAGGAGUAUCAGCGAAGGGACUCAUAGUGUCACUCUAUGUGUGACAGUGGCGCUCUGUGUGUUGGGUGGUAAGGGGAGUCUCGGGAAAACACGUUUUGAGUGGUGGGGGGCCUGGUUUCCCCUGGAGGGUGGGCGGGCUGUCUGAGGGAGUCCUCGGAGGGUCGCCCCCUUGCGCGUCAGAGUUGCUGCGUGGGCUCUCAGACAUAGUGCCUGGGCUGCGGAAGUCAUUGUGGGGGUCUCAGUGGUAAGGUUAGGGAGGCGGGGACGGGGGCGUCUUCCGCAAGUGGCUGCAGUGUAGCAGCUUCGUUGAAUGGGGACAAGUUUGGGAAGCGUCUUUUGGGAGGGAUAAUUCUUGAGUCCCCAGCUGCGGGGCGGGACGGGAGGGUGUCCCAAGACAGAUGACUGUGGGGCGGGGGACAAGGAUAACCUGGGAAGGGGCUUUGUAUGGGGGAAAUAAUUGGGAAGGGGAAAGAGGGAUGAGGGGGCCUCAGCGGGUCGUCUCUUGUGUAUGCAGGGUCGUUCUGUAGCGUCUCUGUGAGAUGGCGUCCGUGGAAGCCCUGAGGUCGCCCCUACCCGCUGCGGGGUGCUUUCUCGGCGUUACGCCUUCCUGGCCCCGGGAGGGAAGGAAGUGAAACUCUCCUUCCCUCCCACCCGGCUGGAUGCGGGUCAGGAAGCCUGGGGCUCCGCUGCCCCGGCGCGGGAGGGGAGGGGCGUGACCGGAGCGCAAAGCCCCGCCCCUCUCGCCCGCCCGGAAGCCCCCUUGCCGCCGGCUAUGGCGAUCACAGGCCCUGUCCUAAUAUGGGCAACCGGAAGCGGACCGCGCGACUGUCCUACGUCACUCCGUCCAAAUUUAGUUGUGGAAGUCAGCGGGCGCCGGUGGCGGGAAGGCGCUGCGAGCCACUGCGGGCGGAAAGUCGGGGGCGCGCCACUCCUUAAAGGGCCCGUAUCAGGAAUGAAUGGAGCCAUUCGAACAAUUUUUCAUCCUUUUUUGGAGGAAUUGGAAUUAGGAUUUCUUGGAGAGACGGAGCGUAGCGGAGGGUAGGGGGAGGUUUUCUACCUGCUUUGUCUCUGCAUUGCUGGGUUUCCAGCUCCCAACCGAACCCCGCCUCCCGGGGCGCGGAGGCGGAACUCGGAACCCUAGUCUGCUGGGGGCGGCAGCCACGUGUUGACGGGGGCUGUCGUGCGCGCCGGGUUCCUCCAAACCCACCCGUGGAGCUUCUUUCGCGGGAAGCUGCGGGGGGAUGGCUCGGUAGGAAUCACGGAAACCCGCAGCCUGGGGCGGCUCACCGCUUACAAACAAGGGCUGGCGUACGCCAGAGACCGAAGAGCUGGAGGCCCCAGUGGCCUCCUUUCACAGCAGUAGCAAAUAUCGUUUGUUUAGCAUAUACUGGCCCAGUGACUCUACCUUGGUUUCCCCACUGGAAGGAAGCAGAUAGGACAGUGUCCUCCGCGGAGUGGAGGUGAGGGAUCGGUGAGUUAUUGAUAAAGGGAGCGCUCUUAACCGCGCCUGGCAAGUAGUAAGAGCUGUUAGCAUGAUUAUUGGUGCAGAAAACACUCAUUAGACACACCUGGUAAAUGCUAGGAACAGUGCCUACCGGGGAUGUUCAGGCUGGAAGCCGGGUCUUCCCCUGUGUGAAGGGAAACUUGUCGCCCACGAGCCACUGGGGCCUCCAGACGGCGAGCAUGUGGGUGGGCCCUGAGCCCCAUCCCCGGACCCCCUACCCUGGGCCAACGCGCGCAGGCGGGGCUCAAAAAAAGGAGCCCACCGGAGAGCUGAGCGUGGAGUGGGGGGAUGCUCCUCCUCGCCUAGGUUCCCGUUCCCUUUCCCUGCUGGGUAAAUCGCAUUCUAUCGCUUUAAGGAAUGUUUGGCCGCGUUUAGUUGGAAAGCCCGGAUGCGUCCCUCGGAUUGGGCGGGGCUUCUCAGUGACGUCACUGGGGGUAUAAAAGGGCCCGGGUGGCGGGCGCCGGGGCAGAGCGUCCUGGCAGUGUCACUGCGUGGGUUGGUUCGUGGGGAGACGCGUUAGCGAGCCCGUUGUCUGGAGUGCACCUGCCGCCUGUCCUAUCCGUCCCGGGAGUCCCCGCUGCGGUCGCCGUCGAGUCGCCAUGGAAGUGCAGAAGGAGGCACAGCGCAUCAUGACCCUGUCGGUGUGGAAGAUGUAUCACUCCCGCAUGCAGCGCGGUGGCCUGCGGCUGCACCGGAGUCUGCAGCUGUCGCUGGUCAUGCGCAGCGCCCGGGAACUCUACCUCUCCGCCAAGGUGGAGGCCCUCGAACCCGAGGUGUCCUUGCCGCCCGCCCGCCCCUCUGACCCUCGCCUGCACUCGCCCCGGGAAGUCGAGUCCACGGUCGAGACAGCGACCGCUGACGGCGAGCAGCCGUCUCCGGAGCCCAUGGACACUCAGGAGGCGCCGACUGCCGAGGAGAUCCCCGCCUGCUGUGCCCCGCGCCCAGCCAAAGUCAGCCGCAAACGACGCAGCAGCAGCCUGAGCGACGGCGGGGACGCGGGACUGGUCCCGAUCAAGAAAGCCCGUCUGGAAGAAAAGGAGGAAGAGGAGGGGGUGUCAUCCGAAGUCGCCGAUCGCCUGCAGCCCCCUCUGGUGCAAGCGGAGGGCGCUUUUCCCAACCUGGCCCGCGUCCUGCAGAGGCGCUUCUCCGGCCUCUUGAACUGCACCCCCGCAGCCCCUCCGACGGCGCCGCCCGCGUGCGAGGCAAAGCCCGCCUGUCGUCCAGCGGACAGCAUGCUCAACGUGCUGGUGCGGGCGGUGGUGGCCUUUUGAGGACCCCAAGCGGCGCUGCCGGAGCCCAGAGCGCGCGUCGAACCGUAGGCCCCAGGGUGCAGACCGGAGACGAGGUCACCCCCUCCUUCCCGGCGGGAGCGCCCGCGAAAACCGUGGAGAGAAGCCGCCGCCCGGGCUGCUGAGAGGCCCGGAGAGGGACUCUGUCCCCAGGGAGCCGUCGCCUUCAGUGUGCAGCGACGGCACCGAGGAGUCUGAGCCGGGGGCGCGGGCGCCUUCCGCAGAGACCUGCUGCGCCCACAGGUGCUGUCUUAGUGGACUGGGAAGUGGACCUUUCACUCUCCUGGACUGGGAGAAGGGAGGCUUGGGUUUUUUUGUUUUUUAAGAUCUCAGGGUCGGACUUCAUUUUGUACUGGGGGCUGUGCUGGCCCUUUGAAGGUUUUUCAAGAGUUGAUUUUGCGUUUCCAACCUCAGAAUUCCUGGCGCGCCCCUUCCCCCUCCACUGACAUACUUGUGUAAACGGUCAUCGUUGCGUCAUGGGGCAGGCUUGGGGAGUUUCCUGUCGCCUUGCGUGGGUGUGGGGCCUGGGAGGAGGAUCUGGUGCGUAGACCCACCCUGGAGAGUGGGAGGAGAGUGGCCUGAGUCACUUCACCCCCGCGUGCUGCUGGUUGACGUCCCGCGCCUCUGCACCUCGGGUGGGAGCGGGGGCUAAUGUAGUUUCACAUUGAAAAUUUUCUCAUCUGGUGCAUUAGGGGUGGCUAGGAGGUUCCCCAGGUUCCAGCGUGCCCCUACCUCAGACACGGACACAACCCAGAUGUUCCUGGUCUGAAUCACGAGACUAUGGAGGGGUGAGGGGUGGCAGUGGAAAGGCAUAAGGCUGGGCUGGGACCAGUUGCUGGUGAAACUGGGCUAGUUUGGGGAGGGGGACAUCUUCGACAGGGAGUUUUUGAGGGUCUGUUUACCUUUCCUGUGGUGGAUUCUUUUUAAUUCCGUCUAACCUGGCGUUUUGUUAGAAAUGUCAGGAAAAUAAAGACCAUUUGAGUAAAAAGG